AUGCCACCGUCACCGUACCAAAACGUCGCCUACGACGCUCCGCUCUCCUUCACCGAGCCGACCUGGCUCUGGCGGCGCUACAAGUGCUUCUGGGAGGGCACGCGGGGCAAGACGCUCACCGACCAGGACGUGCCGGCCAAGGACCUCUCCGGACGCUGGAUCCUGAUCUCGGGCGCCAACAGCGGCAUCGGCGAGCAGGCGGCGCUGCACUUUGCGCGGUGCGGCGCCAACCUGGUGCUGGCGUGCCGCGUGAGCCCGGCCGAGAAGCACCCGGGCGCCGUGGCCGACCACUGCACCGCCGAGGCGCGCGCCGCCGGCCACGCCAAGAGCGUCGUCGAGUGGUGGGAGGUGGACAUGGGCCGGCUGGCCUCGGUCGAGGCGCUGGCCGCGCGCUGGCUCGCCACGGGCCGGCCUCUCGACGUGCUCUGCAACAACGCCGGCAUGGGCACCAACCCGGGCGGCGUCACCCGGCACAUCCGCAGCGAGGACGGCUUCGAGCUCGUCCACCAGGUCAACUUUUUGUCGCACGUGUUGCUGACCCUGCGUCUGCUGCCCGCGCUCGCGGCCGCGCCGGCGCCGCGGGUCGUCUGCACCACCUCGUGCAUGACCUACGUCGGCGUCUACGACCUGGCCAACUUCAACGGCGACGGCUGCCACGGCGUCCAGCUCUACAACAACAACAAGCUGUACUUCCAGUGCUGGGUCGUUGAGAUGCACGAACGGCUGAUGCGCUCGGAGAAAUACCGACACCUCACGAUCAAUGGCGUCCACCCGGGCUACGUCAACACGGGCAUCUGGACGUUCAAGGCCGGCGAGGGCAUCCUCGGGCUGAUCAGCCUGGGAAUCAGCUUCGUGCUGCAGUGCUUCGCCCGCCUGCUCGGCAUCACCCCCAAGCAAGGGUCGUACUGCAUCACCAACGCGGCGACGAGCGUCGACGCCGGGCCGGAUCCGCUGACGCAGGGCGUCGGCGAGAAGGGCGGACGGGGCGGCGGACGCUACUUCAACCGCAUCUGGGAGGCCAGGAACAUGCCGCACACGGAGGAUGCGGACGCGAGGCUGCGGGUCUGGCGCAAGGUGGACGAUGAGCUGCGGCUGACGGAGAAGGGCCUGCUGAGCUGGACUGAUUAG